UGUGAAAACAACAGUAGCCAGCAUAAGGUGGCUAAACGUGAUAUGUGAGAAGUUUUGUAUUUCCUGGCAGUUGUGGAGUUGAUGAGCAGUCCUGAUGAACCAGAUGAAAUAGAUAUUACUAUCAGAGUAUUCAACAAGAAGCUAACAGUACAUUAUGGCUUUAUCUACUCUCAAUGUACACCGGUGUACAACAAGUCUGAUCACAGGCACAACCUCGAUUGUGUCACCCGAGGAAACCAACUUUCUGCGAUUUGUAAACUUGGUCCUGAAGAGAGCACCAAAAGCUGUGAGGGUCUAUUUUGAUACAAUCCAUCCUCCAUGUAACCUAGCUGCUGAUCUAGCAUCAGAGAGGCCGACUCUGACUAGCUUAAGGGCUAGAAAAGUCAUAAACCAGGUCCAGUGGAACACACUUUUCGGAGUUAACAAUCCUGUGUCAAAUGACUUUGAUGUUACACUUUUAAUCUGCCUUUUACGGAACAUGAGUCCCUCUACAACAGCACCAGCAGGAGGAUUUGAUGUUCUACCCAAUCCAUCAGAUGUCAGUACUGGGGCUGACUUAGCAAGAAUCAAGUUCUACAGAAAAACUGUGGCCCAUUCAACAGACGCAAGGAUGAACGCAAAUGAAUUUCAUACUAGCUGGACAGAUAUAGAGGGGGCUAUUGGAAGACUUGGAGGUGCUGUAUUACUAAACGAAGCUAAAACUUUAAUGGUCACCACAAUCGAUGACUCAGAGCGAGAGCUUCUUUUGGAACAUUUACUGGAAAUAAGACAGCUGAGACUGGAACGGUCAGAAACAAUACCCUGGAAUGUUAGAGAAUUAACUUGAGGAAAACUGGAGUCCUGGGAAGAAGAGGAUCACGUGUUUGUAGAAUCGAAAUCAUCAAUAGCUGUUGAAAAAUUCAUUAAAGAACAUCCAUGUGUUGUUGUAGUCGGUAAUCCAGGAUCAGGAAAGUCUGCCAUCAUUCAUCACAUCGCUCUUAAAAUGGGAAGAGAAGGGUUUUCAAUUAUACCUAUUCAUCGUCCUGAUGAGAUCACGACUUAUCACAACAAAAAAAAUUACACAAGUCUUCGUUGCUGAUGAUCCAUGUGGUGAAUAUACAGUGAAUGAACAUGUUUAUGAAUGGGCAAAGUACUCUGAAGAUAUUAAAAAAUGUCUGAAUUUCAAAGAAAAGGAAGGUCAAGUGAAGGCAAAACUUCUUGUUUCAUGUCGGUUAGCUUUAAGCUCAGCCCGAGCAUUCAAAAAGAUUAAAAUAUUUUCAGAUUUUAUAUUUAAUUUAGAAAACAAAGAAAAUCAUUUAUCAUCCAUUGAGAAAAAAACAAAUUUUGGAAGCUCAUGUUCAGUGUGAACUACAUUUCCCCAAGCAAUUGCUUGAAAGGCAUAUUGAUUGCUUCCCGUUGCUUUGUAAGCUGUAUGUAAAUGCUUGGGCUGAUCCAGAUCGUUUGGUAACUUUUUUUGACAAUCCUUUCGUUCAGUUGGUAUCGAAGCUUGACUUGAUGAUAGAUGACCCCAAACCAGAUAUCAUCUACGAAUAUUGUGCUCUAGUUUGUUGUUCCCUUUCAGUAGAAAACUUGCUUUAUAUCUAUCUAAAAAGGAAACAUCCGAAGAAUUUGAGUGCCUUAAACACAUUCACAAUGCUUGUGAAGUAGAUCUCAAUCCCUCAGAAUUAUUAUCAGCCGUCAACAGACUUGUUGGAAAGUAUAUCAAGCAAAUAGGUCAAACAUUUUCUGUAAUACAUACAAAACUGCUUGAUAUAAUAGUUUGGCACUUUGGAAAACAAUCACCGGAAACAUUGAUACAACAUUCACCAUUAGAAAUAUUUCAAAAUAGGCUUAGACCUCUUGGAAGAUUAGAAUGUGAUGAUAUCGAAGAUUUGUUUCUGGUAGAAUUGGACGAAAAUAUGCUGACAUCUUAUGUAGAAAGAAUACUGAAGGAUAUAGAACAAGGGGUUUUUAUUGAAGUUUUUGAAAACCCAACUCUGCCAAAAGCACAGAUUGAAUCUUGUCUGUAUUCUCUGUUAGAAGAUAAACAUGUCUUGGAUGAAGCACUAACGAAAACAGGCCGAAGCUUAUCAUCAGGUAGAAUGGACUCUAUGACUUCAUUUUCGAAGGAAGAUUUAAUAAGAAAUAGCCGCAUUUCAUUUCUUCAUUUAGUCAUUGCAUGCAACUGGUCAACAUUUUUAAAACAUCUGUUUCAAAUGGAAAAUGAGACUCUCUUUCAAACAUUAUUUGAUCAGAAAGCAUGUUCAAUAUAUUUGGCUAUUCUUAGUGAAAAUAUUGAAAUACUUCAAUGGUGCUUUCAAUACUACAAUGAAAUUGAUGAAAGUGUUCACUACCUUAUGGAAGAAAUGUUUUUAGAUGAUAAUUGUGUGUAUUGUAAUUUUGAUAUAAAAAAGAAAAGCCACGAAGAUCAUUGUCCAAUCGCACGAAUCCCAAUACCAAUUCUUGUUUGUAGAACGGGAAAAAUAGAAAUAUUGGAAUUUCUUAUCCAAAAGAAAGUCUGCUGUCAGGAAGAUCUGACCUCAGUGUUUCAUUUAAUGGAUGAAC